AUGUUAAAUUUGGUGCUGUAUUUUUUAGAAAAACCUUUUGGAUGCACUCGGUGUGGAAAAUUCUACAAACAAAAAUCGAACCUUAAUAGGCAUAUUCGAUUUGAAUGCGGGAAACCACCAUCUUUCCAGUGCAGCUAUUGUGGCAGAAAAUUUCAUCAACAAUGCAACUAUAAAACUCAUAUGAGGGCCUUCCAUGGCAAAAAGCCAUUUUCAUGUCCCAACUGCAGACGGUCUUACAAAAGAAAAUAUGACCUAAGUAGACACUUGAGAUAUGAAUGUGGAAAUAGACCGUUCGUAUGUACCGCUUGUGGCAAAAGUUACAAAAGGAAAAUGCAUUUAGUAAGCCAUAUGAGAUACGAAUGUGGAAAGGAGCCUGCUUUUCGCUGCGAAUUCUGCAGUAAAUUGUUCCAUCAGAAGUCAAACUGCAAAAAACAUAUGAGGAUGCACCUAACUGACCAGUCGCAAAACUACGAGUAGAUUAAACAUGCUUGUUAACGAAAACUUCGAGAAAAUUAUUCUAUUCCUGUCCAUGUGGAAGAAGUUACACAAAGCGGAUAUAUUUGAACAGACAUAUCAAGUUCGAGUGUGGAAAGGAGCCUAUUUUUCGUUGUCAGUAUUGCCCAAAAGCCUGUCAUCAAAAGUCUAAUCUCAAGCAACACCUACUGACACAUAUAAGAAAUCGAUAUUGAAUACUUUAAUAUUUGAAAGCUACUUAUUCCGGAAUCUUAGAGGAAAUCGCACAAACAUUUGUGAUGGUGGUUGGGUUUUCAGCUACUCUGCAUCUUUUCAGGAUUUGUAUAGUUUUAAUUGCUAUUCAUCUGUUUACGGAUUUGUUUGGAUUGUCAUAACCUGCUAUAAGUUCAUGGCUAGUAUGAAUUUGUGUAUAAUUUUUUUCGGUUAUUGUUCCGAUAUUUCAGUAUUUUGCCAAAGAGCUGUACGAUCUUCGAUAAUUUAAUAGUAGUGCCAAGGCUGCCGGUCGCUCCAGAAAACCUUAUGGUUCCUACCAUUCCCGCUAUUAUGAUGGAGUAUUAUCACCGAAUGCGAAAAUGGGACUCGGACCCCGUUAGCGAUAAAAUCACCCUAAAGAGCCUUACGAGACAUGAAUUUGGCAAAGCUAACAACGAAAACAUUGUAUCGAACAGAAUUAAAAAGGAAUAUGACUACAGUAUAAACCCGGAGAAUAGAUACCAAUGUGAUGUUUGCAGCAAAAGCUACAAAAACAAAAGACAUCUAUACAGACAUCAGAAAGAAGAGUGUAUUGGGGUUGAGCCUAAAUUCAAGUGUGACAUUUGCUCAAAUAUGUUCCGAAGGAAGUACCAUCUGUCAAGGCAUAUGUCGAAUAGACAUGGAAUUGAUUUCAAGCUCGAAAGGAUCGAUGAAAGGCCAGAACACAUUUGAUUGGUGUUCAUCUAGUAUAUGAGAAAGAGCGCUUGGCGUCCAAAGAUAGUUUCGGUGAAAAAGCGAUUUCUUCCACCUGCUUAUCCUCACUUCUUAGUGCAUUCAGAUGUUUUUUUUAUUGAUAUUCGUGGGCUCGGUUUUUCAAUCGCCGGUUAACUUGCAAGUUAUGUAAGUAUAACUUGUAAGUCAAUUUCAACAUCAGUUGCUUGUGCAUUCAUUUCUUCAGUUCUGGUUAACAAUCCAUAAACCGUUGAUGCGGUAACGCUGCCUUUGUCAACCAUUACAACUUAUGUCACUGGUUAGACAUUGUGGUUUAACCACAGUUUUAUAGCUAUUUCAUUCGUCACUACCGCUUUAGGACACACUUGACAUUGAAAAACACUUUUUGAAAGUUAACUUCUAUGUAGCAGUCAAGUUGCAGCUAACUUGAGAUUACAAAACCCGGGCUUAUGAGUAGAGAACAGUAAAGAAAAUUAUGAGUCUGUAUCAUAAUAUAGACCCGACUUUUUUUGGAUCAAAUGUCUCUUUUCACAGUUUGGUUAAAUUUCGUAUGUUACCAAGUUUUAUUAACGCUUUUAGUAUCUUAUCUUUUGUACAGAUGUGUGAGUAGAAUAUUUCAUUUAUGUUUUUGAGGUAUGUAGUAUCUUUUCUAUUUGCCAAUGGAAUGGAACUGUGUUAGAAUGUGCUUAUCCGUUUUAUCCGUUUUUAUUUUGGUUAAUUUUCACGUAUAGGCAUUGUUGACUUCAUGGCUUGUGACAACAAUAACUUUAAUCGCAUAUGUAGUUUUUUCAAGACUGAAUAUAUUUUUGAUACAGAUCAUUUUACUUCAGUG